GUUCGUGUUCUAUUCUCCUUCCCCUCUGGUUCUGAGCUUCGCUCUGCAACUGGAAUUGCUACUGAAGAAAGAAGAAAGAAGAACGAAGAAAGAGAGAAUUGCUACUGGCGUUAUCAAAUUCUACUGCAACUAGGACCAUGACCAUCCUUCAAGUCAAGGAAGAGCAGGCUGAACCCAUUUUCCAAAGACCUUCUCGUUCGGGUGAGAAAAGAAGCAUGCAAGAAUUCAACGAUGGGGUUGCUCUGGUUCUCUCUCUCUCUCUCUCUCUAUUCAGUCUUUGCUUACUGGCCUUCGUUCGGUGGUUCUCAUUAGUCAUUCCCCUUUCGAGAUUUCUUUAGUUCGCUUCAAUCAAGUUCUUUAGUGGUUCCUUUGCAUGGUCAUGACUGACAAUCAACUGGUUGUAGUAGGUUUCCAGUCAAAUGGUUUUCUUCCUCCUAGGCUAGAAAUCCCAAACUUGAGGUGGCCAUUCCAAAAUUUCCGUGAACGUAUCAAAUUUGGGGAAAUUGACUGUUUCAUGCUUAUAUAACAGAAAGGAAGCUUUGUUCCAAUCAAGUCAACUGUAAGCUCUUACGAGCCUAAGAAUGAUGUAAUGAGAAAAGCACAGGAGAUUGUAUCUAAUCUACCUGCAAACUCUCCUUCAUUGAUAAAGGUCAUGCAGCCUUCACAUGUUAAUAGAGGAGCUUCUGUGCGUCUAUUGGCAGAGUUUUGCCACAAGCAUUUACCUGAGGAGGACUCAAUGAUCGAGUUGGAGGAUGAGAAUGGUGAAGUUGACACGACAAAGUAUCUAGCCUAUAAGAACACUUUCAGUGCGGGAUGGGCAGCAUUUGCCAGCAAGCAUGAUUUAGUUGAAGGAGAUGUUCUGGUUUUCGUGUUACUUAAGCCAACCAAAUUCAAGGUCUACAUUGUGAGGACAAGUAGGUCAGAGGGAGUGGAUGGUGCUCUUGAUAUGGGGAAGAAACCUGUUUACACAAACAAUCGGAGUACAAGUGGCAAGUCAGCUUUCAAAACUGUCCACGAUUCUGAUCUUUCAUCCGACGAUAACUACGUACUUGAUGAGUCGAAGAAUGGAAGUGAUGAAGAUUUUGGAUUCGAUAUCCCGGACGGUAUUAGGAUGUCAUCAGAAUCCACUGUUGAUUUCCGACAAGUGAAGAGCUUUGCCGACUUUGACAUUAUAGUGAAUGGCUUGGUGAUCAACAGUGAGCUCUCUAAGCAGCUCCAGCAUAAGUACUAUGAACUAUGCAGCAGCCAGAAGUUGUUCCUCCAUGAACGCAUUCUCGAUGGCCUCAACUGUAAGCUGAUUGUCGGGGUAAUCUCCCAGACCAUAAAUAUUGCUGAUGCCAUAAGGGCUUCAGAACUUGGUACCCAACAGAAGGAAGAGUUUGUGACUUGGGAGAGCACUUUGUCAGCAUUUGAGAAGCUGGGGAUGAAUGUGGAGUUCAUACUAACCAGGUUGAGGCGGCUCAUGGGUCUUUGUGGAAAUGUCAAUAGGUUGAAGAGAUUGAAGACUGAGAGAGCUGAAGUGGGAGAGAAGGUGAAGGCUCUAGAGGCGCUGCUCGAGAAGUGGGCGAGAAGAACGAAAAUGAUUGAUGAAGAGAUCGAAAGGUUGGAGCUAAAUGACGUGGUUGAUGUUCAGGCGAGGUACAGAGAAUUGGCAAAAUCUCCAUGGUGAACAUGACUUGCUGACUUAGGGGUAAUUGGUAAUUCACUUUGUGCACAAGAAUUUUUUUCAAUGUGCAGAGCUUUAGAAAAGUAAGCUCUUGAACACGGUGCAUCGAUUUGUUUGUAAUGGCUUGUUACUAGUUGAGCACUUGAGCUGACCGACCCUUCACCUAAUGAAUUUGGAGCCGCAGAAGCAAAGCUUGGAAUUCCUGCUGCAGCAAUCCAUUCAUCCCCAAAAGAGAAGAAGAAAGAAUUGCUAGUGUGGUUAGCAUCAUGACCGUUCUUCAAGCUAAGAGAUAUCAGGCGAAGAAGAGAAGGCCACGGGAAGUUUGCGACGGGGCUGUUUCCUGCAGCAAUCAGGCGAGAAAACCGACUCCGACUCCGCUUCCGUUCUUUCUCUUUCUUUCAGUCUCUAGUCUACUCUAAUGAGCUUUGUUUGGUGGCACUCAUUGCCCUUCUGAAGAUCUCUUUAGUUUGCUUCAAUUGCCCUUUUGAGAUUUUUUUCUUUAGCUUGCUUUCAUCCAGUUGUUUGGUGGUUCCUUCCUUGCAUGAUCAUUACGGAAAUCAAAUUGGGUCUGGUGGGUUCUUAGUGAAAAGCUGAAUGCAUGAGCUAUUUACCUUUUUUCUGAACUUCGAAAGAGAUGUUUAAUGUAGGGGUUGUGGAGAAAUAGGAAGGGAAAGGAAAAGGGUUUUGAAACAAAGGAAGAAAGCUUGAAUAUGUAUGUGCUUGGUCUACCUCAGGUGAAGAAUUUUGAUCUGAUCUGGUCGACCCGAUUUAGUAAUUUGCUUUCAUUAGUCAUCAUUCUUUCGCGAUUGUUUAUGCAUUGUCAAAAUGAUUCAACCUAUUUAGACAGGAUUCGAAAGCAUGAUUAUCCCACUUGAACAUUGUUCCACAGUAAACUAAUUGACUGUCUAACAGUACUUAUAACAGGAAGCAAAUAUAGUCGCAAUCAAGUCUCCUGUAAAGUCAGUCAAGAAUCAGAAAGAUAUCUUCAGUUCUAUGGGGAAGAGGGCCUCCAUGGAGAAUCUGUAUGUAAGUGGCGAGGUCGACAAUGCUGCAAUGAGAAAAGCACAUGAGUUUGCUUCUAGUUUACCUGGAAACUUUCCUACCUUGAUGAAGCUUAUGCACCCUUCACAUAUUGGGUUUUCCUUGCAUCUUGUGGCAGGGUUUUGCUACAAGCAUUUGCCUGACAAGGAUAAGGUGAUCGACCUAGAAGAUGACAAUGGCAAAGUUUAUCCCGCCCAAUUCUUAGCUAGUAAGCAUUGUCUUAGCGGCGGAUGGAGAGCUUUCUCCAUCCAUCACAAGUUAGCUCAAGGCGAUGUUGUGGUUUUUCAGUUACUUGAACCGACCAAGUUCAAGGUCUACGUAGUGAGAGCAAGUGCCUCAGAGCAAGCGAGUAGAAGAUCCAAGAGAAAGGUCGAGCCAAGUGCCAAAGAAGCCGAGAAGACCAGCAUCACCAACUGCAAAAUUAUAGUACAUAAAGACGAGCCCAAGAAUGGAAGCAAGGAAGAUUUCGGUUUUGAUAUCUCAGAUGGGAUAAUUAUGUCAUCAGAUCAACCAGCUGUUGAUUUCCAGCAAGUGAAGAACUUUGAUGACUUUGACAUUGUGGUUAACGGCCUAAUCAUCAACUGUGAACUCUCCAAACAGCUUCAGUACAAGUACUACGAACUAUGCAGCAGCCAGAAGUCUUUCCUGCACCAACAUAUUCCCAAUGGGCUUAACUGUAAGCUGAUCGCCGGAAUAAUCGCUGAGACCACUAACAUUGCUGAUGCAGUAAGGACUGCAAAGUUCGGUACUCGACAGAAGGAAGAGUUUGCAACUUGGGAAAACACAUUGUCAGGAUUCGAGAAGCUGGGAAUGAAUGUGGAGUUCUGUUAGAAACACGUUUUCUAAGGAAAACGAGUUUCUAUAUUAUCAUUAUUAUUAGGUUUUAUUAAAUAUAGUUAGUAGUCUUUUAGUAGAAUUAGGUUUAGUAUUAGGUUUUCUUAUCUUUCGUUAUAAAUAUGUACUUUGCGUUUUAUUCAGGAGGAGGCAAGAUCAAUUAUUCAUAACAGUAUCUCAAACCCUAAUCUCUCUCAAUUUCGUCAUCUAUCCCUAGGCCGACGGCCAUUCUUCUCCUCGAUCCCCAAUUUCCUCUUCUAAAUCCCUAAUUCCCAAUUCUGUUCUUCCCCAAUUCUAUCUCAAUCCCUAAAU